UCAAGUUUACAAUAUUUCUAAUCGUGCGUUUUAUUGUCGCCGAUGGAUAUCACACGAUAUUAAAUCCGUAAUUAAAUGUUGAAUAACCGGACACCGGUUAACCUCCAAUCGACCGGUUGUUCGUUAUGCGCUAUAUAGCUCAAGCUAGCUGAAGGCGCUCUUCCACUCACAAGGAAGGAAAAGCUAAAAAAAAAAGGAAUACAACGCAACAGGAUGAAUGAAGUCACAUUGCCUCCAUCACCAAAUUGGUAUUUGGGUAAUGUCCUUGCGUGCUCGCGACGUGGAACUGUGGCAUGGGGCGCAAGGAAUUUUGUUGUCAUCGGCCGGCCAAACGAAAACAAUAUAAUGCAGUAUUCUAUAGUCAAAGAUUACUUUAAAGAUAAAGUAGUUACAUUGGCAUUUUGUCCUAAGCUUGACAGUCCGGACAGUCCAGAUUUAUUAAUCUGUGGUGGUGAUGACUCUAAAGUCAGAAUUUUAAACGCGUAUACAUUAGAAUUGAUAGCAGAAUUCUGUUUUGCCAAUGAAAGCAAAUUAACUGCAGGAGUUGAUUGGUCAGCUCGAGACAAUAAUCUUGCAUGCGCAGUGAACUCAGAUGGUUUUCUAAUGUACUGUAAUGUACGAGAUAAGACUUCAAAAAUAGUAUCUCUAGGCAAGCUAACUGCUACAUGUUUAGCUUGCUGUCCUCAUGAUUCUAAUCUUAUAGCACUAGGUACUAAAAGCGGUCUAGUUUAUAUUAUCCAAUAUUUUUCUAUUGUUCAAAAAGAAACAAUAUUAUAUAGAAUGAGGGGACACAACGAAGACAUAGUCAGUCUAUCCUGGUGCCCUUCACAGAUGAAUGUGUUUCAAAGAGACGAAGAAAGAGAUUUACUCUUAGCUUCUGGCGCAAAGGACAGAUCUGUAUAUAUUUGGAGAACUGGUAGAGAUGGCAGAUAUGAGACUGUAAUACACUUACCAAAUCUACCAGUCACGCCUUCUUCGCAUAAAAGCAAGCUUAAUAGUAUAAAUGGAACGUGGAUUGCUGUAUGUUGGAUAGAGCCCAAUGUGCUUUUGACUAGUUCGCUUUGGGGUGAACUUCUUUCUUGGGAUCUAUCAAAUAAAACCAAGCCUGAAUGUAAAGUGUUCCAUACGUUUCAUAAUAGAGGAUUGUUUUCCAUUGCUGCUGUACCUAACUACAAUGCAACGCCUGAUAAUUUGAAGACAGAUUCCGAAUUUUCAGUAUUAUUAAUGUAUUUUAGGCUCAAGGUCUGGUCUUUGGCACAAGAUCGCUGGGUUGUAGGUUGUAAACGUAAUAACGAUUCUACAAAACCACCGAUCCUGGAGCAUAAAAUACCUACACAAGGAGGAUUCAUAUAUUGCAUGAGCCCUUGUCCCAUUGAUACCUCGCGCAUUGCAUUUGGCGUAGGAGACAUGAUGCUGCGUGUGUGGAAUUUGUCUGAACCUCACACAACAACUUUUGACAUGGUUAUGCAUUGGCAGAUGGUAAAAGGAAAAAUAAGAGCGAUCUCAUGGUUCCCAGAGGAUGAAUCUACUAUUGCUUUUGGUACUGGAGAAGGCCGCGUUGGUGUAUUUGAUGCAAUUGGAACUAACAAACCACCUAUAUUAUACAGACAGUAUCACAGAAAUACAAUUUAUAAGCUUGAAUGGGCUAAACUUAACUCAGAAUAUUUUUUGUUUUCUUGUGCAGAAGGAGAAUUAAUAAGGUAUAAAAAAUCCUCGCCGAAUGAUGAACCUAUGUCUAUAAUUAAAAAAGGAUGUUUGGAAUUUUCUUGGAAAUCCAAUUUGUGCUUAGCAAUUGCAUUAGAAAAUGGGUCAAUUAUAUUUUACGAUCAGAUGCUGAAUAAACGUGGCAACACAAUACACAUUUUAAGAACCGUUGUGAAUUGUCUAGCGUGGCAUCCCGACAGUACAAUGGCAGAUGAAUGGACGUCGCCGUUUGCUAAUUACUUGGCAGUUGCCUCCGAUUCGUGUAGCAUAUUAAUUUAUGAUAUGUCAAAAUUAUUAAAAGAAUUAAAAGACAAUGGAGAUGUUACAGAAAACAGAAAUGACAAAGACGCGAUGCACAAGUUAGUAACGACAUUAAACGGACACUUUGAAAAAGUGGUGUGUCUAGCUUGGAGUCCGCAUUUCAGUGGAUACUUAGUGUCUGGUAGCUACGACAAUAUUGCACAGGUAUGGAACGUUGAAAAAGAGGAAUUGAUAGGCACAUAUAUGGGUCACGACGGGCCUAUAUUGUCCUGUAUGUGGAGCCCUCUCAAACCACAGUUAAUAAUGACUGGUUCAUCGGAUUUUACGCUACAUAUAUGGAAUUACACUUCACCGGCGCAAUCACCAAGGCAACUUUCCGACAUUAAGGCUGAGAAGAAAAAACAUAAACAACAGAAAAAGAGUUUAAAAAAUAAGAUGGAUAAUAAUGAAAAUAAUAAUGAGACUAUGUCAAAUCCCAUUAGUCCAUCUGCCGAAGCAACUCAAACUAAAUUGAAAUCGUCAAAAAGAAAAGAAAAAAAGUCAUACUUUCCUAAAUAUGACAAAUUAAUAAAAGAUAAAAAUCAGAUCUUGAAUUUUAUCAAGCACGAUAUGAAAAGUAGUCAAAUCAAAGAAGGUGGUGCUAUUCCAAUUUCAUUAUUUUGCGAAAAGGAAGAUGAUGUUUAUUCAAUAGUUUCUAAUGAAAAGACACAGGACAAUUUAGAUAUCGUUACCGAGAUAAAUUUAUGGUGUGAUGAAUUAAAGGAUCACUUAAACAUGGCGGCUUCAGCUCAUGAAUUAAAUGACUUUUUAGUAUCGCUUGCACCUAGUGUCUCUAUGAAAAUGUGGAGAGAAAUGUGCGAAGUGUAUGCGCAACAAUUAAUAGAAGGCGAUAAUCCAGGAAAAGCAGUAACAUAUUUAUUAAGUAUACACAAAAUUUACGAAGCCUUAGAAGUACUUUUAAAUACUAACAUGUAUAAAGAAGCUUAUGCACUCGGAAGAUUGAAAUUGGAUGCUGAUGAUGCAUUUCUAAACAAAAUAUUAGAAUCCUGGGCGAAAUGGGCUACUGUUAAAGGUCAUCUGGAACAGGCAGCUCAGUGUCACGUAAAAUUGGGGCAAUUUGAUGAGGCAGCAACGAUUCUUUCUCGUCGUAAAGAUUUACACUGUUUAGAAGUAGCGUCAGAAUUAGCGUUUUUAAGUGGUAAUGAGGAAUUUGGUAUGUCUUUAACUGUGGAUGCAAUGACACGUGCUCUAAUGAAGUUAGAUUGGUCCAAAGCACGUUCCCUUAUUAAGGACAUCCGACAAGUUCAGUAUUUGAAUGUACAUAUAGAUGCUCAUGAGACAAUCAUGAGCACAUACUCGGAAGAGACUGAGUUAGACAUGAUGAAGAUAUGGUUGGAAGGAAAAAAAAAUAGAAGUGUGUUACAAAUUCUUAAGGAAAAAUAUGACACCUCCUAUUACGAUGUUUUAUACAAGAAAAAUGACAUUAACAUUAAUGUGAAAAAUAUAUCUUGCGAUAAAACGAUGGAAAUAAUUAUUAGUUAUCAAAUUGCUUUGGCGGCCAUGUGCGAUGCAAAAGAAGCCCAAUUGAAACAUUUAACAGCAGCAAUAAAUAACGUGUUCGAAUUCGAAAAUCUAGCUGUCAAAUACGGAUCAACGAAAAAGGAAGGAUUCUUUACACAUGUUCUUACGAUAUUAGAUACCAAGAAACCAACGGACAAAGACAGCAUUUACGCCGAGAACGAUUAUCCCGUGUCGCAGAGUAUACGCGCUUAUUUAUGCGUUGGUCUUCUGAAUUGGUUAUCGAAAUAUUCGGAAAAAUUAUCGGACGAAGAAGAAACGCAGUUUAUGCAGUUGGUAUUAAACUUGUUAAAUGAUAUCAUAAAUGAAACAAACAUAUCUCAUCAGAAGAACGUUGAUAGAUAUAAUGAAUUGGAGGAAAAAAUUAUGAUUCUUGCAGUGAAAACGAAGAAUGAGACAGAAGAUGGUGAUAAUUAUAGAGAUCUCGAAAAAGAAGCACAAGAACUCAAAUUUAAUAUAAAUAAAUUUAAUGAGGAACGAGUUUACACACCAAAUCUUAACACCGUUUUAGAAAUAGCUCAUUCAGUUGCUAUCAAAUUGAGAGAUAGUAACCAAUUUCAACUUUUACAAUUUUGUAAUAAUCUCACUAAGGAGACAGUGACAGUUGACAGUAUCAUGACGGAAGAAGACGAAAAUUUAGUAUCUCUUUCAUAAUUUAUAAUAAACAAAAAAACAUCCAUUUGAAGAAAACGAUGAUAUCUUGAUGAACUAUUUUCUUCUGAUAAUACUACACUGUGAAUAUCUCAAAUAGAUGAAAGUUAAGAAUUUAAAAUAUAAAUAUAAAAAAAUAA